AUAUUGGUUUAUUUUGAAAUUAGUUAUGAAAAACGUGUCCUCCGAUGAUUUGAACUUUCUCGCUUCGCGAUCGAAUUUCACGAGAUACGAGAAUGAGAACGACGCAAACGAAAAAAUUAAAGAUAAAAAUUUUGAAAAUUGGCGCGAAACGAACUAAAGCGUGAGUAAAACGUCGACCGAUUAGAAUGCCUCUUAACAAUUUUAUCUGUUGCGUUUGUGAUUAAGGUAUUCCCCAAGGUUUAUCCCAAAGUUUUUCCCAAAACGUGUGCUGUCUCGUUUAAGGAGUUUCAAAUUUAGGAAAUUGCCGGAAUAUAAAGCACGAAACAAGCCCAAGAAAAAGGAAAGUAGUUUAUUAAAUGAUCAAAUAUGAGCUCUUUGAACGGAAGUAGAAAUGUUGUGGAAAACAGUCCACUACCUGAAGAUUCGUUGAACACAAAACAAUUGCUCUUGCAGUGCAAUUUAAAACGAAGAAAGAAAAAACCCGCUGAUGUAAACGGAGCCGAACAUUCUAUGGAUCUUUCCUUCCAGAGCGAUGGCUCUGCGGAAGCACAAUUAACCAAAGACACAAAUAAGAAGCACCACACUGAUGUUUCAAAGCAAAAAACCAUAGGUUCGCCUGUGAUAAUAGAAGCUCUGUCGGAAGAUUUAUCCUCGCUCAGUAUACCUGAAUUAUUUAAACAACAAGGACAACUAAGAAGAAUGAAAGACACACACAGUAUACCUGAAUUAUUUAAACAACAAGGACAACUAGCAAGAAUGAAAAACAAUGUAUUCAACAGUAGUCAUUUACAUAUAUCGAAUCUGAAGAGUGAUACCUCUGUCAUUGUUGCUGAAUCGUUAAAUUCAAACAGUUCAUGCAGUCAAAGAAAUGAUACCAACGUUGUAUCACCAUCUAAGAAUAAUCGCGAAUUACCCAAGGAUAAGAAGCAAUUGCAAAGUAACGAUUGUGAUACACUUACUAGUCCAGGAAAACAUUUAGCUUUGGUUGGAGAAGCUAAAAAAUCCGAUAUCUGUGAAAUCGAAGGAAAUAGUAGCUCUAUUGUUGGAGAAGCUAAAAAAUCCGAUGUCUGUGAAAUCGAAGGAAAUAGUGGCUCUGUUGUCAAUAAUAUACAGGACAAUGCUUUCAAAAUGGAAGCUUCAAGUUAUAAAGAAACUCUUCUCUCUAUUGGAGAAGCUAAAAAAUCUGAUGUCUGUGAAAUCGAAGGAAAUAGUGGCUCUAUUGUUGGAGAAGCUAAAAAAUUCGAUGUCUGUGAAAUCGAAGGAAAUAGUGGCUCUGUUGUCAAUAAUAUACAGGACAAUACUUUCAAAAUGGAAGCUUCAAGUUAUAAAGAAACUCUUCUUACUAAUCAGCAAUCAAUACGAUUUUAUUGCUUACAGACCAAGGUAGCCGUCGUUAUGUCAAAAGAUGCACGAUUUUGUUUCACUGGAAAAUUAAUCGUGCAAGUGAUAUAUGGUGCAAUAGAAGUUUACGGAUACGUUAUUACUACACAGAAGAAUCCAAUUGAAAUUUAUUCACCCAGAGGGUACAGUAAUGUUUCGAUCAAAGCGAGCGAAAAAUUUUCGCAAAAUGUCGAGUCAGAUAUUUGGGUGUUUCUUUCCAAAGAAGGUAUUGAUCAAAACCAAGAGAACAAAUUGGUUGACGAGGUCAAACAGAUUAAACCUGGCAUGACGAUUGUCUUGUUAUCCAACUUGGAAAACAAAUUGACUAGAUUUUUACAUGUCUUUUAUCCGUUCAAACUAUUCCCGGAAAUAAAAAGUGUACCCUAUCAUUCUUGGAUUGACACCAGAAGGGCUGAAAGAAUGUUACAAUCGAAUCUUUAUGUUGAUAAUCAAGCAUGCAAAGAAAUAAUUGUUGAUCCACGUGUUGCACAAGAAGUUGCCGACAAAAUAUUGACCCGUUGGAAUGCGAACGAAUGGUCGUGUACUUUAAUAGCCGGUGGGAAGAGCGUUGGAAAAUCAACUACGAUGCGCUAUUUGAUAAACAGUCUACUACCUGUUUCUAAAAUGGUAGUUCUUUUUGAUGUUGAUCCAGGACAAACAGAAUGCACGCCAGCUGGCUGUAUAUCGUACAGUUUGAUCGAGCAACCCUUGAUGGGACCAAAUUUCACGCAUUUAAAGACUCCGGCAUUCCAAGUAUAUAUCGGAGAUGUAAACGUGGCGCGAUGCAUUACACGAUAUAUCGAUGGUAUCAAAAUGUUGGUUGACAAAUUGUCAAGUUGUCCAGUUUUGUCACGACUACCUAUCGUCAUAAACACGAUGGGUUUUCCACAAGGUCUCGGUUGGGACAUUAUUUUAUUUACAAUCAAAUUGAUUCGACCUUCUUUCGUGGUACAGAUUAUAUCUGAGAAGCCAAAAAACAAUUAUAUCGAGUAUUUAAGUAAACAAGUAGUAAAUCGACAGCAAGUAUCGUGGCCGACAUGGAGUACAAAUGUUACGAAAUCAAAUCUACCAUGCGAUCAUGAAUUAUUCGUAGUACGUUCACACGCGGAAAGUAAAAAUGCUCCAGGAUAUGAAACUUGGAAUAUGGAACCGUAUCAGCAACGAGAACUUGUAAUGAUCUCUUAUCUUAGUGAAAUUGUACAAAACUCUGCUGAUUCCUCAACUCGCUAUGAUUCUGUGUCAUUAAGCAUUAACAAAGCUGUACCAUAUGUAACGCCUUUUGCAUCGUUGUGCAUUUCAAUUCCACAAGUAUCAGUGUCACCGUCGCAUGUGUUGAACGUAGUAAAUGGUAAUAUAGUAGCAUUGUGUGGGAUCGAUGUGAAUAAUAACGAAUUGCGAGCAGAUCAAACCAUGGCUGGUCCACGUAUAUUAAACAGAUCACCCCUUUGCGCUUGUUAUGGAUUUGGUAUCAUUAGAGGAGUUGAUAUGGAGCGACAACAGAUAUUUAUCAAUACACCAUUACCGGUUUCUACAAUGCGGUAUGUAAAUUGUUUGAUGGGAUGUAUACCAGUACCUGUCACGUUGCUACAGACUAAUCAAUUCAAAAAUGUACCUUACACUGGUGGAAAUGAUGUUUCACCAAUGUCUCGAGAACAUCGCAGAGGGUAUUUCCGUAUGAGGUAUUAAAAAGUACAAAAUAAUGCUUGAUGCAAUAACAAUCUGACAUGAAAAAAGAUUGUAUAAUGUAUCAUCCAUUGAUAUUUCUAUUUUUCAAGAAUACAUGUUUAUAUUGUUUUUCUUAUUAUUACAAAAAAAAGAUGUAUAAAACAUAUAUGUUUGAUGUAUACAUAAAUAAAACAGACAAUUUGAAAAGAAAGAC